UCUUGACUAACCCGACCACCGCUGGCCUUCGCAGGACACCAUGAACCACACGGUCCAAACCGUCUUCUCUCCUGUCAAUAGCGGCCAGCCUCCCAACUAUGAGUUGCUCAAGGAGGAGCAGGAGGUGGCUGUGCUGGGGGCGCCCCACAACCCUGCUCCCCCGACGUCCACCGUGAUCCACAUCCGCAGCGAGACCUCCGUGCCCGACCAUGUCGUCUGGUCCCUGUUCAACACCCUCUUCAUGAACCCCUGCUGCCUGGGCUUCAUAGCAUUCGCCUACUCCGUGAAGUCUAGGGACAGGAAGAUGGUUGGUGACCUGACUGGGGCCCAGGCCUAUGCCUCCACCGCCAAGUGCCUGAACAUCUGGGCCCUGAUUUUGGGCAUCCUCAUGACCAUUCUGCUCAUUGUCAUCCCAGUAUUGAUCUACCAAGCCCAUCGAUAGAUCAGGAGACAUCAUUCAGGCCAGCAGCUCCGCCCAUAACCUGUGUCCCACGUGCUCCACCUUCCUUCCAUUCCUCGCCCUGCCCCCGGAGCGAGUCCUGUAUCAGCCCUUUAUCCUCACACUUUUCUACAAUGGCAUUCAAUAAAGUGUACAUGUUUCUGGUGC